CGGAUGAGGUGGAACCUUUGCCAUACAAGAUGAACAAUCUGGUCGGACAUAUUAUAGCGCUGCAAAGGUAAAAAUAGCAUUGUAGAACAGUUUCAUAGUUGAAAAGUUGACGUGCGUUUUCUACAGUUGAAUGACAAUGACCGCUUGGCGUGCAUUUUGAUUUUGGUCAUUCAUUUCCCAAAAGCCCGCCAUGUCUAAAGAGGCGCUUCUUACGGAGCAAUCUAUUACAAACGACAGUACAAACAAAAGUCGACUGGGUCUCAUAGUAACCGGCUUAGUAGGAGGCUCGCUUGUUGCCCUCUACGCUGUGGCUACGCCGUUUGUUGCUCCCGCAUUGAGAAAAAUCUGCCUCCCGUUUGUCCCUGCCACCACGACGCAAGUGGAGAAUGUCCUCAAUGCACUGCGAGCCAGGUCAGGAACCCUGGUGGACAUUGGAAGUGGAGAUGGAAGAAUAGUGAUAGCUGCAGCAAGACAUGGAUUUUUGGCAUCAGGUUUUGAAUUAAAUCCCUGGCUGGUGUGGUAUUCUCGCUAUAAAGCCUGGAGAGAGGGAGUCCACCACUCGACCUCGUUCCAUAUCUCUAAUUUAUGGAAGGUUAGCUUUGCACAGUACUCCAAUGUUGUCAUUUUUGGUGUCCCUCAAAUGAUGGACCAAUUAGAGCUGAAGCUCGAAAGCGAGUUAUCAAGCUCUGCUAAGGUGGUGGCCUGCCGAUUCCCCUUCCCCAACUGGGUUCCCGAAUAUACUGCCGGGGAAGGGUGCGACACAGUGUGGGUGUACAACGGCCAAUCAUUUAAAUCACGCAUGCAGCACAGUGUGGUGAAGAAGACAACAUCAGAUCAUGGGGAACAAUACUGUAUAUGAAAAGGGAAUAGCCAGCAGCUGCCAAAAGAUGGUACAAUGUUUUCAUGUAAUAAAUCAUUUUUCAAAAAUGUAUUUCGUUGAAGUGGAAUAAAGGUGUUUAAUAGGUUAACAAGUGUGCUACCAAAGGCUGAAAGUUGUGAUAUGUAGCACGCAUGCCCUCUACUGGCUAACCUACAGGGACUAAUAUGUCCUCAAUUAAUUAGCCCAGAUGCAAAAAAAAUAGGGCCUGGAGGAUCAACGCGUAUACAUCCCUAGAAUAAACUUACCAAAUAGUGAUUUGUCCAUGAACAACGGAGGAAUACAGUAGAUAAAACUUGAAAGUCUACACAACCCCAAACAGCAAUGUACACUGCUGGCCAAAAGUAUUGGCACCCCUGCAAUUCUGUCAGAUAAUGCUCAAUUUAUCCCAGAAAAUGAUUGCAAUUACAAUUUACAAAUGCUUUGGUACCCCUCAUGGGUUGAGCCUUCAGGGGUCAUGGAUAUUCCAGCAGGACAAUGACCCAAAACACACUUCAAAAAGCACUAGAAAAUUGUUUGAGAGAAAGCUCUGGAGACUUCUAAAGUGGCCAGCAAUGAGUCCAGACCUGAAUACCAUAGAACACCUGUGGAGAGAUCUGAAAAUAGCAGUUUGGAGAAGGCACCCUUCAAAUCUCAGAGACCUGGAGCAGUUGGCCAAAGAAGAAUGGUCUAAAAUUCCAGCAGAGCAUUGUAAGAAUCUCAUUGAUGGAUACCGGUGCGAUGGUUCGCAGUUGUCUAAAGGUUGUGCUACCAAGUAUUCGCCUGAGGGUGCCAAUACUUUUGUCCGGCCCUUUUUUGGAGUUUUGUGUAAAAGGAUUCUUUCUUUUUUUUUUUUUUUUUUCAUUCUCUUUUCUGUUUUUUCAUUGCAAGCAAAAUAAAUGAAGAUAUUACUACCAAAGCAUUUGUAAUUGC